GGAUUAAUUUAACUUUUAGUGGGAUAUUUUCUACAAUUGAAAGGAUUAGAAGUUGUUUUUUGGCCCAGUGGGACUGAGGUUGGUGGGUACUCAUGAUGAAUUUUUUUUAUGAUCAGCUUUCGUACCUUCUGCUUUCUGGUUCGAGCAAAAUGGCUUGGAAGACACAGACCCCAAUUAUAUCUAUUCAUUGUUCCAAUUUUGAGACGAUUGGUUGUAAUAGAAUUACUGACGGUCACUGGUAGCUUUAAUGAGAUUUUUACUUUUAAAGCGUUUGGUUAGAAGCAAUUGGUUGUUAUUCCAGUCAGUAACUAAAAGCUGUUGUGUUAAAUAGUGCUAAUGCGUUAUAGGAAGUGCUUUAUAUCUGGUGAAGCUCUUGCGGGGGCGUGGGUGUGCGAGGCAGAGCCCUGUCAGCGGGAGCAGCUGUCACACAAUCCCCUUCGUGAGCCGCUUGGUUUUUAUUAAGAUCUCACAAUGAAGGAGUUGCUUAAUUUAAAAUGGGACUUUUUCUUCAGACACUUGAAAACAAUGAAACAGUGGUAGAACCGGCUGUUUUCUAAAAAUGUAUAUUGUGUGCGUGCUCCUUCCUGAACUGAGGCCCUGGUAAGCCGUGCUGGUCUGAUUAGGAUGAGAGCGCGCUCGUUUGGAGGGAAGCAAUCGCUGCUAACUUCUUGGGGAAGUUCCUUCGGAGCUAGACUUUUGGAUGUACUUCCGCGAGUCACUUGCCCAAAUCAUCCAGAUUCCAUUUUAGUAGAGGAUUACAGAGCUGGUGAUAUGAUUUGUUCUGAGUGUGGACUAGUAGUAGGUGACCGGGUCAUAGACGUAGGGUCAGAGUGGAGAACUUUCAGCAAUGACAAAGCAACAAAAGACCCGUCUCGAGUUGGGGAUACCCAGAAUCCUUUGCUGAGCGAUGGCGACUUGAGCACAAUGAUUGGCAAGGGCACGGGUGCGGCAAGUUUUGAUGAAUUUGGGAAUUCAAAGUACCAAAAUCGCAGAACUAUGAGCAGCUCUGAUCGUGCAAUGAUGAAUGCUUUUAAAGAAAUAACGAACAUGGCAGACAGAAUCAACCUCCCUCGAAAUAUAGUUGAUCGAACAAAUAAUUUAUUCAAGCAAGUGUAUGAGCAAAAAAGCCUGAAGGGAAGGAGUAAUGAUGCUAUUGCUUCUGCUUGUCUCUACAUAGCCUGUAGGCAAGAGGGUGUUCCAAGAACAUUUAAAGAAAUUUGUGCAGUGUCCAGGAUUUCAAAGAAGGAAAUAGGCCGGUGUUUUAAACUGAUUUUGAAAGCUCUCGAAACCAGUGUCGAUCUGAUUACUACUGGAGACUUCAUGUCAAGGUUCUGCUCCAAUCUGGGUCUUCCCAAACAAGUACAAAUGGCGGCAACGCAUAUUGCUCGUAAAGCUGUGGAAUUAGAUUUGGUUCCUGGGAGAAGCCCUAUCUCUGUAGCAGCUGCAGCUAUUUACAUGGCAUCACAAGCUUCUGCAGAGAAAAGGACACAAAAAGAAAUUGGUGAUAUUGCUGGUGUGGCUGAUGUUACGAUUAGACAGUCGUACAGGCUGAUCUAUCCUCGCGCUCCAGAUCUCUUCCCAGCAGACUUCAAGUUUGAUACCCCAGUAGAUAAACUACCACAGCUGUGAAAUUGCAGAGGGUUACUCUUAAUUUCUAUUUUAAACAAAAGCCCCAACAAGAAACUUCUGAUUUUUGCCUAUAAUAAAGGAUGUACAAAGUGUUAAUAUUGAGUCUUCAUGUUGUGGAACUGGAGGAUAUGGAGAUGGAGCGUAACUGCUGGAACGCAGCACACAUUCCAAGGGUAAACAAGCUCCUUGUGUGGCAUUCUGUAUGUAUAUAUUAGUGGAAGUAAAUAUUUAAUGACUGUUGCAACAAACUUAAUUUCAUAUUGUUGUACUUAUUUAGAUUUCUUUUGUAGGGAUCUAGUAAGAUGUAUUUUGGAAAAUUUAAAGUAUUCUGUAAUUCCCAAAAUAAACUGUUUUCCAAAAACACUUAA